UACCUUUUUGAAGUUUCAAUGAAACAUCUUUAAACCCUAUAACCAGGUCCAACAUUGAACCUUUCAGUUUCAGCUCAAAACUCUGCGUUCACGGAAGCCCGGUGAAGAAAGUUUCGGGCUUUGAAUGCCCACACCCUAAUUGAGUUCUUUGGUUACGUGAGGAAAAAGGUGACUGUGUAUCUGAAUCCAAACCUGAAUGGGUUAUCUUCAAUUUGGAAGACAUGGUGUUAGGAAGAUCAUUAGAUCUAGAGAUAUCAGUUAUGAUAAUGUUGUGGUAAACCCACUCCUGUUUGCUUCCCAAGGGCUUCGUUACAAGAGGAAGCUCCAAGUCAUCCUUACAACUGACAUAGAUAAGCUGGGAAAGGCAGGUGAUACUGUCAAAGUUGCCCCUGGAUAUUUUCGCAACCACCUAAUGCCUAAGCUCCUUGCUUUCCCUAACAUCGAUAAGUUUGCUUAUCUUCUCAACGAGCAGCGCAAGAUCUAUCAACCAACUGAGGAAGAAAAACAAGAAGAUCUCACUGUAGUUAAAGAAUCGAAGGAAGAUAAGAUGAAAGAUUAUGAAAGAGCUGCACUACGUCUUGAUAAAGCUAAGCUGGUCUUGCGGAGGUUAAUUGAUGUUCAAAAGGCCAAGUCACGUGAAUCCAAAGCUGACCCCUUGGAAUUACGUUUUGCUGUGACAAAAGACAAUCUUGUGGCUGAGGUGGCGAGACAACUCUGCGUGAACAUUGCACCCGAUAACCUGCAUCUUCCAUCACCUUUAUCGACGUUGGGAGAAUAUGAGGUGCCACUGCGAUUACCAAUAUCCAUCCCCCUGCCAGAGGGCAAGCUUAAUUGGAGUUUGAAAGUUAAAAUCAGGAGUAAAUAAAUCACUCUCUUGUGGAAUUCCGUUCACAGGGGAUGAAAUUAUUGCUUUGUGCUGAUAGUCAUCAAAUUAAACCCGGGGAUUAAAAGAGUUUGACAUGUUUUUAUUUAUAGAAAACAUAAAUGUUGACACAUUUAACAAUGUCUUUUCCAUAUUCUGUUAUGACUGAGUGAAAUCUCAUGUUCUUUGACACUCCUUUACAUAAAGUUAGCUCGUUGUCAAAUUGAUUUUUUGUUUAUCUAUCACUUCCAAUCUAUGAACAGAUCAUUCAACUUCAAAUUAGAGUCCUUAGGGGUUGGGGCUGGUUUGGAAGUGAUAAAUGUAAUGUCUUGGAGACGUAGCGGAGUAUACAUCCUUUGGCUCAGCGAAUACCGAUGGAAGACGUGGAUAUUUCCAACCCUAAAAUGUACAUCAAAUCUGAGUACUUUUAUAAGUUAAAGCAUUUUCGUAAGAGGGCUGCGCUUUGUGUAUUUGACUCUUGCUAGGACAAGAUAUUGUUACGCAUUUUGGGUAUUAGAAGAGCCAACUAAUACUACAUUGUUUA